AUGAUUGUUGUUAUAAAUUGCGUUUGUUUUGUGUAUGGAUUUCCUAAAAAUAAAUUUUACGAUCUGGAAUACAAAUACUACAGUCGUGAAGAAUGGGGAGCGACCCCAGCGGCUGACAAACGACCAAUAGCGACCCCUGUGCAAUACGUCGUUAUCCACCAUACUUAUCUACCAGCGGCGUGCAACACUACACAGCAAUGCUUCAGCGCAAUGAAAUCUAUGCAGGAUUAUCAUAAUAGUAUGGAAUGGGGUGACAUUGGCUAUCAUUUCUGCGUGGGUAGUGAUGGCGGCGUUUACGAGGGUCGCGGCUGGAACGUCGUUGGCAUUCACGCAGGUCGCGCGAAUAACCACAGCUAUGGCAUUUGUCUUAUCGGCGAUUGGAGAGUGGCAGCCCCGCCUAAAACGAUGCUCGAAUCUACAAAGCGUCUCAUCUCUAUAGGAGUGGAGAAUGGAUCGAUCAGUCCUAACUACAAGCUGAUAGGUCACAACCAGGUGAUGGCGACCGAGUGCCCCGGGACUGCGCUCUUCAACAUUAUAUCAACAUGGGAUCACUUUUCAACAGAUGUCGCUGUAUUUAAAACGGUUGCCAAAAACAAUGCUUUAAGUUAACCAGACCAUUUUUAAUGCUCGGUUUACAUUAUUACAAUCCAGCGAUGAAAAGCGGUGCUGGAUUGGA